AUGACAGGAGGUAGCGGCUCCGGAGAUGGUGGAAAAAUUAAGGUGGGCAUGAUUUAUCACCUUGGUUCGAGUGAUGGACCUGGGAAUAUUAUCACUCCGAUACAACUACGGGGUGAAAAUUAUGAUGAAUGGGCGAGGGCUAUUCGAACCUCGUUGAAGGCUAAGCGCAAGUACGGGUUUUUUGAUGGAAGCAUCAAGAAACCAUCGGAUCAAGAGAAACUGGAGGAUUGGGAGGCUAUUCAUUCAAUGUUAGUCUCGUGGAUUACUAAUACGUUGGACCCUUCGGUAAGGGCAACGAUUGGUGAAUAUGAUGAUGCUCAUCUCUUGUGGAACAAUUUGAAGAACCGCUUCUGUGUGGUUAGUGGCACACGAAUUUGCCAAUUAAAGAUGUCCUUGGGUGAUUGUAAACAAGGAAAAACUGAUUCCGUCGCGGCGUAUUUUGGUCGCAUUUCCAAGAUAUGGGAUGAACUAAAAACGUACAUCACCAUUCCAGUGUGUUCGUGUGGCUCGUGUAAGUGUAACAUUGUGGCUCAAGUUGAAAAAUUGAGGCAGGAGGAUUUCCUACACCAAUUUUUAAUCGGCUUGGAUGAGGCUUAUGGCUCGCUUAGGGGCCAACUUUUGGCUCAGGACUCGUUACCCACAGUUGAUAAAGCUUAUCAACAAUUAAUACAAGCUGAGCGUUUGAAAGGCGGGGAGGUGCGUGACAAUCCUAUGGCCUUCAAGGUCGAUACACCCGCCAAAUCUCAGCGUGCAACGGGUGGCUCGGAUAGGGUGUGCAAUCAUUGCAACCGCAUCGGUCAUAAUGAGUCGGAUUGCUACCAACUCAACGGCUAUCCAUCAUGGUGGGGGGAUCGUCCUCGUGGAGGUAGGGGUAGAGGCCGAGGUGACGCGGGUUCUAGCAAAGGAGCUGGCAGAACAGGGGGUCGCGGUGCAGCAGCCGGCCAACAAGUUCGAGCCAACAAAACUGUUGGGCAACCAUCUUCUAACUCCACUCAAGGCGGAGGUGCUACGGCAACUGAUGGAGCUGCUCUCGUGGGUGUUUCUCCUACCCAAAUUCAGCAACUUAUUGAUCAUUUGAACAAUAUAAAACCAAAAUUACAGGGUAAGGAUCAUCAAGGUUGGAUCGUUGAUACCGGCGCAUCCAAUCAUGUGACUUGUGAUUUGAAUUUGAUGACGAAUGUGACUAAUGUUCAACAUUGUCCGGUUGGUCUUCCGGAUGGAAAGAGGGCUAAUGCGUCCAAGAUUGGCACUGUUACUUUACAAGGGGGAUUGAAUAUUACUAACGUUUUACUUGUACCCCAAUUGAAUUGCAAUUUGAUUUCUGCGACUCAAUUAUGUGAUGAAUUGAAUUGCACUCUACAAUUUACUGACAAAAUUUGUGUUAUACAGGACCUAACGACGAGGAAGGUGAUUGGAGCGGGUGAACGCGUGGAUGGACUUUAUUAUUUCCGUGGUGUUCCUGAGGUUGAAGGCUAG